UAUAGCGACAAAGGAGACAUGCCCGGCACCAAUUUCGAUGUGAUCCAAAGCGUCCCCCGCGUGGCAACGCUCAUAUACCAAACCCACCAGCUAUGGCAAGAAAUCCGGGAGGUGCCCGACGGGAUCCGGGACCUCGUGGACCACCUCAAAGCCCUCGAGCCCAUCUUUGCCGACAUUGAGGACCAGUUCAGCCAAGAUGAAGCCUCCACGCCGUUCAAGAACUGCCUCGACCUGUCGCGGAAGGCGCACGACUCCUUGGGCGCGCUGGUGGCGGAUAUGAGGACGCAGCUGCAGGCCAAGAAGAGCGUCAGGCGCAAGUAUGCGGCCGUCAAGAUCCUGCUCAAUAAGACUGUUUUGGCGAGGUUGGAGCAGAGUCUUUCGCGGUUAUACGAGCUGAUCUCCGAGCCCGCUAUUGCGGGAUGGACAUAUACCUAUCGUGUAUACAACGUGAUACCAGAUAAUUCGGAAAUCAUUGCAAGAGUCAAAAUGGGGGACGUGGUUGGGGUUCGGCAGAUGUUUAGUAGUAGAAAAGCGUCUCCGUUCGACAAGAGUCAAGGAGGAGAAUCUCUUUUACAUUAUGCGGCUUCCAAUCGACGAUAUGAGAUAUGCCAGCUCUUACUCAAGCUUGGUCUCCAACCGCUGCUGGACAGUAGAGGCAGAUACGAGUCACCUGCUGAGUCUAUAGCGGGUGACAUGGUAAGCACAAUUAUCCAAAAGAGAAGCUGGCCUGCCGAGAGACAUCCAAAGAGAAUAGCCGACCUAUUUGCGUCAUACCUCCAGGAGCCCGACUCUUUGCCUGCCGAGAGGCUUUUGGACUUUAUAAGGGAGUUUUCACCAGAUGACAUGAUGGUUUCUAAUUUCCGGAACUUGUUUAUGCCAAACUAUUACCUGCGUAUGCUGAGGGACCGACUCGAAGCCGUCCGCUUAGGGGCAUUCAAUGUCUUGGACGUGAAAACAUUUGGGAGCCUUCUUUCGGAAGACAGGACUUUCUCCAAAGCAGAUGUCAGCCAGUCAACUCGCGAGAAGAUCUCUCUGGUACACUCCGCAGCUUUAGCACUUGGCUGUCGGUAUCCGGAGACGUUGGUGCGUUACCAAAAACCACGACCCUGGUUGAACGCAUACAGUGAAAGAUGGGGAGAUGUUGUGACCAAGGUGGUGUCAGUAGCCACCCUUGACGACCUCACCAGCAUCGAGACGGUUGUGCCAUGGGAUGCAUACGAGGUUACGGCGUGGGAGGGAACGCCCUUAAUGUCGCUCAUUGGAGGGGCGCUGUGCUAUCUGUGCCCUAACAUCAGCUUCAAUCACUGGGACGGAUUGUUUCACGGCUGUUUACACAAGUGGCUCGUCCUGCUCCAGUCAGCUGGUGUAAACCUACUCGAGUAUGGCAAGAGAGAGCGGGCAGUCCUUCAUGACCUUCAAAAGAACACUAAAGGUGCUUUCGAUGCUGAUGCGAUUGACGCUUCAAGGACAAUGCUGCGUCAUCCCAUGACUCAGGGCACCCCGAAGGCGAAGCUGUAUCAUAUGGGUGUCAAGAAGAGCCGCAAAAGGGGCGAGGCAGGUGGCAUGUUUUGCGUUGAUAGAUCUGGCGAAGAGUAUUGGAUACCCUUUCGUAUCAUUGAUCUUGAAGUCGGUCAAGAUCCGAGCGAUUGGAAGUUGAUAUGGGCUCCAGAAUUUGAGCAUAUGGCUUGUCAAUUCUGGGACUCAUUGGAACCUGAAAAAGUGCUGAUGCCUGGAGCUUGGAUGGACUGGUGA